AAGCCCCAUAGAACGCUGUGGGGCUCUUGGGCCCCGGGCCCCCAGGCACCCUCGGAGGGCAAAGGCAGGCGGCCAUGAGCCAGGGCCCCUCUCCCACCGCUCCCCUCGGAGGCCAUGGCUGAUGAUGACGACAACAGCAUUCGGAUCGGGCAAAGAGAGGCAGGCAGUCUUUCCAGGGACCUGGACCGGGCUAACUCUGUGUCCAAUAUCGGGCAUAGAGAGGCAGGCAGUCUUGCCAGGGACUUGGAGGCCACAAUCCUUGAAUUCCUGGAACCGGUGAAUGUGACGAUGUGCUAUGACUACGACAGCAUGCAGAUCGGGCAAAGAGAGGCGGAGAGUAUUUCGAGGGACCUGCCGUCAGCCGUCCUCGACUUGCUGGAAAUGGAGAACCGGCUGCUGCAGCCUCUUUCAUCCGAGGGGAGCAUCAGCCAGGAAGAUAUGGAGCCGGUGGCAGGAGCUCUUUUGUCCGAGACAAGCAUCAGCCAGGAAUAUAUGGAGCCGGUGGCAGGAGCUCUUUUAUCCGAAACUAGCAUCAGCCAGGAAGAUGUGGAGCCGGUGAGAGCGUGGGACACGCUGGAAGACGUGGAGCGAGAUAUAGAGUACGACACAUCGGAAGACGUGACGCCCGAACCUUCCGGGGUGAUGCCGAUAACCACAACGGAGGAGGCCGUCUCGGAUAGGUCGAAGAGACAUGUUGUAGUCGUGGCCGAGGAUUCAGAUGACUCCUCCAUCGAAAAGAUAUUCGAAGAGUCUUUGAUCUCCAGCUCGGAGUUUGCAAUAGAGAAGGUUCUGGGACAAUCCACAGCAGACAUAUUGACAGAGGCCGAGACGGAGGCCUCCAAGUUUGCCACCAAAUUACAAGGCCUCGACGCAAAUUUGGAGACCGAGCCGCAUAAUAUCAUGACCUGCGAGAUAUGCCAAUUGUUUGUCCGGACGGUGGACCGGCUGCUGGACAAACGGGACCGGCUGAUGAAUCAUUACCUUCCGCUGACCGAGGAGGAGAUCUGCAAUCUGAAAAUCGCUGUCGGAGAGCUGGACGACGAGGUGGUAGACUGCCAGAGGGAGUCCUGCCUGGCGCGGAUCAACAACUUGUCCGGCAAACUCCGCCAGCGGGCCUACAUGAUGACCCUGAGCCAGCUGCGGGUGGCGAGGCGCAACACUCAGGAGAGCUUAUGCCAGCUCCACCAGACCAUCGAUUUGAUCGGUCAGGUCCAGCAAGAAGCCUGCCCAGAGAGCCACCAAAGCUACCGGAAACUGAGCGCCAUCACCGUCGAGUGGACCCAACGCCAAUCCCCGAUGUCUUCCAGGGACUCAAUGAAGAAGGGGUCAGAGGAGAGCAAGAAGUCCACGCCGCGGACCAGCUUCGUCGAAGAGCUCGGCAGUCCUCUUGCCCAGAGCAGCAGCAUCGAAAAAGACAAGCAUCCCUCUGUAAAGAUCUGCCCUAAUGAGAAAGAAGAAGUGGAGGAAGUGAUCGACAGCUACAACGACACCGGGACGCCUCCGAUAGAGACCCAAGAGGAGGCACCAAUGCCACUUCUGGAAAUGAACUCCCCAGAACCAACGCUUCCGACAAUGGGGGACCCUCUGCCGAAGGCUCCGACACCUCACACCGAGCAGGUCCACAAAGACGUGGCCAACAUCACCAUCUCGCUACCUGGUUGUGACGAUGACGGCGAGCUGGCUUCAAUCACGCCGACUGAGAGAGAAGUAGCUGACAGUCCUGUCGCUCAGAUGGAAUCCCAAGCUCUGCAGAUGUCUCGCAGCCUGGCCCUCAACCUUCAAGGUACCUAUGAGAACCUCCUGGCUAACCUCCAAGACCUCCCUGCUCAUCUCCAGAAGAAGCUGUACCAGACCUGCCAGCGCAUGGGCGAACUCGGCUCCGAUUUCAACUCGGCCCAGAGUUUUGGGGACUUGUCCCGCAACGUCUUGAAAAAGAGCUUUGAGGUGAUGGCCGAAGCCCAGGGCUCCUUAGACGAGCUGAUGGAGUAUGCGCUGCAAAGCCCCCAAGCGCUCCUCUGGUUGAAGGACCGCCUUCCUGUUCUGGAAGCCAGAACAGGAGAAGUUCAGGCGUUAUGCGAGGACAGCCUACUUCCGAACGAAGGGGAAGAGUUCCCACCCAACAUGGAGAUGCGGAACAUCCUACAAAUCCAGCAGACCUAUGACCCCACGGGCUGCGAAGAUGACACCCUUUCGAGUAAAGAGGAGGUCGCUCCACCUUCCCAUUCACAGGACUUGGAGGACAUCUUGGAAACACUGCAUGCCUAUGACCCCAAAGGCUGCGAGGAUGACAUUCCUCCCAAGAAGGAGAACGAGGAGGUCCAGCCUUCCAGCAAAGUGGAGUGGAACAUACUGGAAACCCUACAGGGCUACAUCCCUAGACUCCCUGACAAAGGAGACGUUCCCAGCGACGAGAAGGAGGAAACCCCACCUUCUACAAAUGAGGUGGAGGAGGAGAGGGAGACGGACAUCUUGAAGCUACAACAGGCCCAUGAUCCUAAAUGUUAUGAGGAUGGAGCACCUUCUGGAGAGGAGGUGCAGGUGGCCACAUCUCCUAGCCAAACGGAGUGGAAGGACAUAAUAGAAAUCCAACAGGACUACGACCCAAAAGGCUGUGUGGAAGCACCCCGGCUGAGCACGUCGGAGGAGGCAUCUUCCGGCCAACUGGGUGACUGGAAUAUCUUGACGACGUUGCAGUCGUUGCAGGCGUACGUCCCCAAAAUUAGCUCCGAGAAAGCACCACCGGCCGAGGAGAAGAAUGAGGUGGUGGAAGAGAAGGUAGUGGAGGAGGAGGAGGAUCUGGAAAGGGACAUCCUGAAAACUCAGAAAGCCUACGAUCCUAAAUGUUAUGAGGAUGGAGCGCCUUCUGGAGAGGAGGUGCAGGUGGCCACAUCUCCUAGCCAAACAGAGUGGAAGGACAUAAUAGAAAUCCAACAGGACUACGACCCAAAAGGCUGUGUGGAAGCACCCCGGCUGAGCACGUCUGAGGAGGCAUCUUCCGGCCAACUGGGUGACUGGAAUAUCUUGACGACGUUGCAGUCGUUGCAGGCGUACGUCCCCAAAAUUAGCUCCGAGAAAGCACCACCGGCCGAGGAGAAGAAUGAGGUGGUGGAAGAGAAGGAAGUGGAGGAGGAGGAGGAGGAUCUGGAAAGGGACAUCCUGAAAACUCAGAAAGCCCACGAUCCUAAAUGUUAUGAGGAUGGAAUGCCUUCUGGGGAGGAGGUGGAGGUGGCCACAUCUCCAAGCCAAACGGAGUGGAAGGACAUAAUAGAAAUCCAACAGGACUACGACCCAAAAGGCUGUGUGGAAGCACCCCGGCUGAGCACGUCGGAGGCGGCAUCUUCCGGCCAAUUGGGUGACUGGAAUAUCUUGACGACAUUGCAGUCGUUGCAGGCGUACGUCCCCAAAAUUAGCUCCGAGAAAGCACCACCAGCUGAGGAGAAGAAUGAGGUGCUGGAACAGAAGGAAGAGGGGAAGGAAGAGAAGGAAGAGGAUCUGGAAAGGGACAUCCUGAAAACUCAGAAAGCCCAUGAUCCUAAAUGUUAUGAGGAUGGAAUGCCUUCUGGGGAGGAGGUGGAGGUGGCCACAUCUCCUAGCCAAACGGAGUGGAAGGACAUAAUAGAAAUCCAACAGGACUAUGACCCAAAAGGCUGUGUGGAAGCACCCCGGGUGAGCACGUCAGAGGUGGCAUCUUCCGGCCAACUGGGUGACUGGAAUAUCUUGACGACACUGCAGUCGUUGCAGGCAUACGUCCCCAAAAUUUGCCCCGAGAAAGCACCACCGGCCGAGGGGAAGAAAGAGAUGGUGGAAGAAAAGGAAGUGGAGAAGGAGGAGGAUCUGGAAAGGGACAUCUUGGAAACUCAGAAAGCCCACGAUUCUAAAGGUUGCAAGGAGGAAGUCGCGGUCCAAACUUCCAGUAGAUGGGAGUCAACAAACAUCUUGCAAAUGCAAGCCAUGUACGAACCACGCGAUUGCAAGGAAGGAGCGCCGCUCAGCGAAGAGGUGGUGGUUCCAUCUUCUGGCAAACAAGACUCGGAGGACAUCCUUAAGAUCCUGCAAGCCUACGACCCCAGGGCCUGCGACGAAGAGCCUCCUCCCAGGAAGGAAGGCGAGACUCCGCCGAGCAAUCAAGAGGAGUGGAAUGUCCUGAAGAUGCUUCAGGCCUACGUCCCGAAAAGCUGUCCCUUCGAAGUGCCUUCCUUCAAGGAGAAGACACCUGAAGUGGAGCCGUCCAAAAAGCAAGUGGUGAAGGAAAAGAGCAUCUUGAAGAACCACCUCGCCAACAACUCCGGCGUUUCCAGCGAGAGGAUAGAGAUGGGGAACAUCUUGAAAAUGGCGAUGUACAGCCCCAAAGACUGCGAGGAAGGAGCCCCUUCCCGGAAGGAAGGCGAGGAAGCGGUGCGCCCGUCGGGCAAAGCCAAAACGGAAGACAUCUUGAAAAUCCAGCGGGCGUACGACCCAAUGGGCUGCGAGGACGAAGCGCCGUCCUGGAAGGAGAGGAGGGAGUCCCAGACUUCCGGGAAACAGGAGGAGUGGAACAUCAUGAAAUUCUUCCAGUCCUAUAUCCCCAAAAGCCGCAGCGAGGAACCCUCCGCCGCCACCAUCGUCGAGGUCAAAGCGGAGGGAGCAGCAGCCUCCCCAACGAGCAAACAAGACGUGAAGCCGGUACCUCCCGCUCCCAGCAAACGGGAGGUCAAGGAGGCCAUGACCCCGGCCAGGAAGUGGGACAUCCAAGAGUGGGACAUCCUGAAGAUCCAGGAGGCCUAUGACCCCCAAGGCUGCAAGGAGGACGACAGAUGAGAGACCGACAGGCCUUUGGACUCUAUGGAUCGGGUUUGGGAAAUCGGCACUUCUAGGUGUUGCUCUGCCUCCAAGGGAGAGUUUUCGGGCUCAAUUAAAAAUAAUAAUAAGAGAA